AUGUUUGGCUUUCCGUCGGAAGCCUCGUGGCAACAUCUUGUAGAGCGGUCCCUCAAGAUCGCCCUGCCUGAAGCCAUUGCAACCAAGACGCCUACCACGACUGUCGUCAUUGGGCUUAAAGCUGUGGUGGCCGCAGCAGUUGCGUAUGGCAUCAACUCUGCUCUCAAUGCCAGAGCCAUGGAAGGGCUGCUUUCGAAAGACACCUGGGAUUGGACCAAGGAAAUCGUCUUGAUCACGGGCGGCAGCAGUGGUAUGGGUCAGAUCAUGGCCAAGAAGUUUGUUGCAAAGAAGAUUAAGGUCAUUAUUCUUGACAUCGUACCUCCUCCAGAUGCGGAGCCCAACCUCCUGUUCUACCAGACAGACAUAACCCAGCCAGAUGCCAUCAAGGAAGCAGCCGAGCAGAUUCGCAAAGACGUUGGUGACCCGACUGUCCUCAUCAACAACGCGGGCAUCAGCCUGGGUAUGAAUCUCCUGGACUGCAACGAAUCGCAGAUUCGGCGCAUGUUCGAGGUGAACACCAUGGCCCUGUUUUGGACGACACGCGAGUUCCUGCCAGACAUGGUGAAGAAGAACCAUGGUCACGUUGUGACCAUGGCGAGCAUGGCUAGCUUUGUCACUAUUGCGGGCAACAUCGACUAUAGUUGCUCCAAAGUUGCUUCACUCGCUUUCCACGAGGGCUUACGCCAGGAGUUGAAACAUCGAUAUAACGCCAGAAAUGUGCAGUCGAGCGUUGUCCAUCCUUACUGGGUCCGCACACCUAUGACCACGAAUUUGAUGGCGAGCCCGGAUUUUAAAGAUUCCAUCAUCGAGCCAGAGGAUGUAGCGGAGCUGGUUGUGCGACAGGUCCUUAGUGGUAGAGGCCGACAGCUUAUCAUCCCUUGGACGAAAGGGAUUGCAACGAUUGUUAGAGCAUUCCCAGAAUGGCUUCAGGAGAUGGUCCGCGACUCGAAGUCUGAUAUUCUGCGAAACACACAAUUUUAA